CAAAGAAUAAGAAUUGGAGGGGCAUACUUAUUCGCUACUACCACAAUUUCUUUUAAAAAAGUUGCCGAAAAAGGCAAGAAAGGAAUCUCACAUCAAAAGUUGACCUUGCUGCGGAUUAGUGAUUUGGUGAAGGUCUAUAUCAGUAAGUCUUGUCGAGAAGAAAAACAGACCUAAGUAGUGUCUUUCACCAUUCAUUGUAUCGUCGCCAGACUUCGACUCUCACACCCUUCUUAUAUUUAUCUUCCCUCUGACGUUGACCAAGCACAAGCUUAAACUCUGAUACCUUGGCGGAGCCGACCACUCUUUUCGUCCUUUAACUCCCAUCAUCUCAAUUGCUGUCAAAAGAUACUUCCUCGCUCGCUGUGUAUCUCGAUAGUGCCACUAGUCACAACACCCUCCUCCGAAAUCAUGCCGCCAGAGCCCAAAUCCAAGCUGAAGAAGCGUUCCAGUAGAAGAGAUACCGAGGAAUACAAGUUUGACGGAGGUCAUUCUAGAGAGUUAGAACUAAAGAGAAGUCGAGGCGAAGUUAGUUGUGCGGAAUGUCGUAGACUCAAAAUCAAGUGCGAUAGGCAAGUCCCCUGCACCUCUUGUCAACGCCGUGGUUGUGCAGCGCUGUGUCCCAACGGCUCUUUGGCUACCGGUCAAGGCACUCGAUUUGUGCUCGCUGCCACAGAACACCUUCAUCGCCGAAUCUCACGUUUAUCUGGGCGAAUUCGUGAGCUCGAAAAUGCUCUUGCAAAUAUACACAAUAAAUAUGCUCCUGAUGGUGACCAACCCCAUCCUUUACUGGAAAACGACUGGCUCCUGGAAGUGGAAGAGGGUGCUGAUGAUGACGAACUUGAACCAGGGUCCAAUCGUGGCAGAAAAAUAGGUAACCUACCGUCGAAUUUGCAUGGUAGACCCAUUAGCGUCGGUGCUUUAGACCCUGAUACGAUGGAUGAGGCCAGCAGUGGCGGCGGAUUGCGGAGAAGAUCUCGGGACAAGCGAGGAACUGGAGAUGUGAUUGAUGCCCUCGGAACGCUCUCAAUCAGUAAUCACGGAAUCUCAAGAUUUUUCGGUCCUACUGGAGGUAGCGAAAGUCUUUUGAUUGCUACAUUGCCUUCUACAGAAUCACCUCAAGUACCAUCUCGAAAUUCAUUGCGAAAUUCUUCUUCACCUAUUGUAGUGUUCGAACGAGAAUCUUCCUCUCUUUCACCUCCAUCCUCCCAUAAAUCCCAAACUACCAAUGCAUCCACUCAACCUUCUGCAGAUUCUGUCUUUUCCUCUGGUACAACGUUAUCAUCGGGCAGUACUCGUACAAUUGACCCACGUAUCACUCUCUUCUCUCAUCGUUUCCCUUUCACUCCACUAGCGCUGCCCUCUGCUCAAAUACAGGAGCUCAUUGAAUCAUAUCUCCCUACAUAUGAACGCGCGCGCGAAGUUAUCAACAUCUACUUUGAACAAGUCGCAUGGAUCUUCCGAGGUGUCACUCGAGAACAAUUGGACGGAGAAAUGGUGGGCGCAAUAUAUGCUCGUAAAUAUGCUAAGGACCGCGGCGAAAUUGUUGGAGAAGGUAAUUAUGAUUCUGACGAGCAUUUCGUCAACCUAUCAAAUAGCCGUGGCAGACAGCUCAAACACGGAUCAGAAGAAGUUCCCGAAUCGACCUCUAUUCCCGGUCCCCUACCUCCACUAGGAGUAGACUACAGCGGUCCUCACGAUCUGGCGUUGUUGUUCAUGGUAUUUGCUCUGGGUGCUCUUCUUGAGCCGAUCCCAAGUAAUGGCCACUCUUCUGAUUCUCCAAGUGGGUCUUCCCCGAACUCAAAUAUCAGUACGGGAGCUGCUUCCAGACCAUCUCCAAACGCUCUGGGCGAGCAUUAUCAUCAGCUGGCCCAGGCUGCUCUCAGCCUUCAACCUGUAUUGGAAAAGCCUAGUAUCGUGACCAUCCAAUGCUUGCAUGUGAUGAGUAUCUACAAUGCCAUGAGCGGAGAAGGGACGGCAAACCCUUCAUCGGAUACAGAUUCUGCUGGUAACAAUCUCACUGGUGAAUCUAAAACAGGUCAGAGCGAGACAAGUAUGGAGAUGACUUGGAGCCUUAUUACCAUGGCCGCCCAUUUAAGUCAAACGAUUGGCCUACAUCGUGACAGCGAACGCUGGGGUCUCUCACCAAAAAUGGUUCAGCGGAGGAGAAUUCUUUUUUGGGAUCUGUUUGUUGCAGAUGUGUGGCAAAGUUUAAAUACCGGUAGACCACCGUCAUUUUCGUUGGCUUACGUCGACUGCAGCUUCCCCCAAUACGAGGGAAUAAACAUGAAAGAUGCAAAUUCGCAAGGGAAGCCUGACAACCGAUCGACUUCGACUAAGGGUCCCACCGGGGCUGAAAAAAGCAAGAGAGAUGGAUAUGCUUUUGAGAUUUGGCAAUUCCGCUUCGCUUCUGAAUGCCUUGCAGAAGUAGUUUCACGUACUCUCUUAGCUGAAGCCCCCACAUACACUACCAUCAUGGAGCUCGACAGAAUGGUCAGGGAAUUUCCUUUGCCAGAAGGUUUCGGUGAUCGUGGUGCGGGUUCAAGUGCCAAGGAGGCUGGCGGUGUUCCAAACACGUUCCCUACUGCAUCAAAAUACGCCAAUCCACCUACAGCCGAGUCUGAAUGUCAAGACAGUGACAUGAGUUUUUCCUUCAUGAAAUGUGUCUUGGAUCAUAUUCGCGAAACGGUGCUUAUGUAUAUACAUCGCUCGUUCUUUGCUCAAGCUAUCAUCGAUCAACCGACUAAUCCUUUGAAAUCCGUUUACGCCCCAUCCUUCCUGGCAGCAUACCGUGCUUCCGCUGCAAUCCUCAAGUCCGUCAGGGAGCAAUUCAUACUGUGGCCCAAUUCAUGUGCCAGGUUCUGGACGAUGUGGACUUUUGCUUUCACCGCUGCUGUGGUCUUUGGUACGGUAGUGACUAGAGGUCCCCGCUCUCCCCUCGCUGCUUCUGCGAUGACAGAGCUUGAUCAGGCGUGGAUACUGUUCUCCAAGGCAGCAAUAUACAGCAAACGUGCGACCAAAGCUCUACCAAUCUUAACAACGCUUCGUGAAAAGGCUCGCCUUGCUUUGGCCGCUGCUCAGUCUAAAAGUCCUGAGCAACCUCUUGCCGAUGGAGAACUAUGGAAUAUCAAGAAAGAGGAAAUUGACCUCAACGACGAGUUGUCUAUCUUCGCUGGGCAUACACGUCUAGUUUCUGCGACGACUGUAACCUCAGGAACUUCUGAAAUACCUCCCGCAGGUGUACAGAUUGCAGGUCCGUCAGGCUUCAUCCUAACUCCUGUGGCGAGCAUGAAUGGUCCCACGACUGGUCUCCGGCAACAUAGAUCAAGCUCACAGUUACGUCGGCAAUACCAUACAGAUGUAGACAUGGAAUAUGACCAAAUGUAUGAUAGACAUCCUUCUCAAUCAUACCAACAGCACCAUCCUGUAACUUCACUACGCCCGCUUCAUCAUCGCGCAUCAUUCUCGAGCUCUUAUCAGGAAAAUGAUCGUGGUUCCCAUUCAACCUCCAUGAAUGGGUGGUAUGAUCAGCGUCAUCGCGAAGACUACGAUAUGCAUACUCAGAACAACCAUCCGCCUACCAUCAGCAUUCCUCCUGCUCCAGCAUCUUCAUCUAUCGAUGAACGCUCACCUCACCAGCCGAUGCAAUUUAACUAUUCAUAUGACCGUAGCAGCCGAAGUGGACCUUCGCCUGUUGCAACGGCAAGCACAUAUUCGUGGUCGCCUCAUUCUCCGUAUCCGUCUCGCCAUUCAUCAUCCCCUGUGCGUUUGAGUCAUCCACAGUACGGACCUUCUUCAUCGCAGAUGCCAUCUGAUACACCUAUGCAUUCCUUUCACAACCCACCACCACCAACUCAAAUGUAUUCCGGGCCUGGCGUUACGGGCUUUGGUCCGCCAAUUCCACCUCACUCUCUUCCUAUGCAUCCACCAGGUAAUGCCGCGUUAGCAGACCUUGGAUUGGCCUCGAGGGAUUCGAGAUUAGAUGAGAGGUGGAGCUCCUUUAUGCAAGAUUCGGGCUUAUUGGAUGAAGUCAAUUUCAGUCAAGGUAACCGCUAAGGCUUACCUCGGUUAUUCUUUUGCCUGCUUCGUCUUCGUCUCUAUCGCAGUCAGUAAUUUUAUUUCUCCUCGUUGAAUCCGUUUUCGAUAUGCUCUUAUUCUACGUUAAAGAUUGUAAUAUUUUCGGUGUAUGUACAUAUGUUAAAUAAUCACCCCAUGGGUUUUUGAAAAGGCGCU